AUGGACCAAGAUGAAGUGGCUCGUUCACUCGAGCUGGAGGAUAAACUAGCACAGAUCAGACAGCAGAUACACUCGAAGCUAGACAACCAAAAACAUGUCGCGAUAAUUCUUUCUGCUGUGGAAGAAAAUAUGGUAGAACAAAAGGGGGACCAGAUUGCUACUAAAAACGUGGUGAACUACUUGGUGUCGCUUUUGGCGCUUCUGGCGCAGGCCACCGAUCCCGAGACGCACGAGAUCCGCGAGGCCCAAAUUGCAACGUCCGCGACUUACCUGCUCGAUAUCAUGUUCCGAUACGUGCCUAAGAAGUUGCUCAGAUCGAAAUUUGCGGACAUUUUGACACAAAUCGCGCCCUGCAUCACGGGCGAAAACGCCGGUGCGCCACUCAUUAGACCCGCCAUCGGAUGUUUAGAGUCCUUACUUGUGGCUCAGGACUCGCAGGCGUGGAACAACACCCAAAACCUCGCCAUUGCACCAAGCAGAGGUCUAAGCGGUCUAUUAGAACUCUCUCUAGAUCCUAGACCCAAGGUCCGCAAGAGAGCUCAAGACGCGGUGAGCAACAUAAUGGCUAACCCCCCAGCAUCGCCAUCGGCCGAGCACGUGGCUGCACCCAUGGUUGCGGAGUUCACGAUCGAUGCACUCGCCUCGGCAGUCAAGGAAGCUGCCACUGCUUCAAACAAAAAAAUUCGUGCACAAGGCGGUCUCAGCGAGAUCAAUGCCAAAUCAAUUCAUAUUCUAAAGCUGAUUAAAGCCGUUGUUUUUACCAAGCAGUGGCCGGCAGCUAGAUUCGAUGCUUUGUGUGAUCUUCUACUCGAGAUUUCACGUUCCGCCGAUCAAUUUUUAGUCUCAAGUGCUUUUAAAUGCUUCGAAGCGCUAUUUCAAGCGAUUGGCGAGUCGGCUGUUAGUUCUGGACUCGCUGAAGACAGAUUUGCCAGAUUUUUGGGAAUCAUUUUCUCAUUGAAGCCUUCGAAUUCAGAUGCGCAUCUAGCCGCCGCGUGGAUCGCCGUUGUCUCUCAGGGAGUUGCCGUUUUUGGCUCAUAUAGACCGGUUGAAUGUCUUGAUAGUUUGCCAGAGGUGAUCAAAACUUUAAGCGAUUACCUGUCGAGUGAAAUUCCUGAAAUAUACCAAAGCGCGUGCAAAUGCAUCGAAAGGAUCUUAACAGAAGCGAUAAGUGACGACUGUCUGUUGUCGCCUCCUUUAGUUGAGGAAAAGGUUUACGAAAAAGUUGACGACACAGUCGCGUUUCUCUCUGGAAAGUUUGUUGAAUUUCUGUCCAUCAAAUAUGCCCAUUGUGCUCGAGGAAUUCUAGGGGCCUUGACUGUUGCUGUAAAGAAGCUUGGAUCUAGAUGCAAUCCUGACUUCUUGGCACCACUCGAGAUCGUUGGACGCUGGAGAUCCAGCGAAGAUAAUUUCUUGGAGUUGAGAACUGAAAUUGAAGCAGUACUAGGUGCCGGAAUAAGUGCUGUAGGUCCUGAUGUAAUUUUGGGUUGUCUUCCCUUGAACUUGAUAAAAGCAUCCGACGAGAAUCCAGGCCGCGCCUGGUUGAUUCCUUUGAUCAGAGAUCAUACCCGGAACAGCCGUCUUUCGGUGUUUGUCCAACAGCUGAUGCCUCUAAUUACGUUUUUCGAUGAGAAGGUCAAGGCCCUUUCUGAGGAGUCGCUACAAGGUAAAGUUUUCGAAACGGUGGUCAGUCAGCUAUGGUCGACACUGCCCAAUUUUUGCGAUCUCCCAGUUGAUCUAAGGGACUCAUUCACAGACGCUUUCGCCUCCGAUCUUUCUUCGCUUCUCUAUGGCAAAGUUGAGCUCAGACCCGUAAUUUGUCAUUCGUUCAAAAAUCUGGUACAGAGCAAUUACCAAUAUACUUCUGGCGUUAAUGAACCUAGCAAACUGGUGCAACAAGAAUUUCCGGUCUCUGAAGCUCAGAAGAAUUUGGACUAUCUGGGAACAAAAGCGUCGAAUCUGCUUGCCGUCUUAUUCAACGUUUACACACAAACGGCUCCAAAUGCAAGAGGAUACAUCUUGGAUACCAUUGCAGCAGUUGUUGGAAUCACUCCAUCCCAGGAACUUACGAAAACUUUCAACAAUGUUUGUGGAAUGCUGAAAAAGGCAUUUGACGAGGAGCCUAAAGCAAACAAAGGCAACCAAUCGUCCAUGAAGAUGAGUGCAACACUUUUGGAUCUUAUUAUAGUUAUGGCGACCUACGUUCCUGAAUCAUCCUAUUCGGCUCUGUUCUCUAUUUUCAACACCACUGUGAAUUCUAGCGACGCUUUAACUCAAAAGCGCGCCUAUAGGAUCAUUAGCAAGCUUUCCGAAACUCAAAAGGGCUCGGAUGCUAUCUUGAAGUACAUUGACGACAUCGAAAAUGUUUUGAUUCAGAGUAGUAAAAACGUUCACACUUCCGCCAAGGCGACACGUCUGAAUGCUAUCAAAAGCCUGAUUGAAAUUCUACCUUUAAACCAUGCAGAGUUUAUGAUUCAAAUUGUGCCCGAAGUCAUUCUAGCAACAAAAGAGAAUAACGAAAAGUCAAGGGAAGCAAGUUUUGACACACUUAUCGGUAUGGCUACUAAAAUGAGCCAAGAAGGCUGUGUCAUGCGACUUUCUAAAAUUCCUGGUUACGACUCCGCAACUGCCGACCAACCGGCAAGUGUAGCAGAGUUUUUCAAAAUUACUUCGGCUGGGUUGAUCGGAGAAUCGCAGCACAUGGUAAGUGCAACUAUCACAGCCUAUUCAUGUCUUAUUUUCGAGUUCAAAGAUCAAGUUGCGACCGAUAUUUUGAUGGACAUUUAUGACACUAUAGAGCUCUACUUGACAUCGAAUUCACGCGAAAUUGUUAAGAGCGCUAUUGGUUUUACAAAGGUUUGUUGUUUGGCUCUUCCUGAGGAAUUGAUGAGGCCAAAGAUACCCUCACUUCUACCAAAGCUUUUGCGUUGGUCGCAUGAACACACGGGUCAUUUCAAAGCCAAAGUGAAGCACAUUAUUGAAAGGUUAAUCAGAAAGUAUGGAUAUGAUGACAUUGACCAGCACUUUCCGGAGGAAGAUAAAAGACUGCUUGUUAACAUACGGAAAUCUCGCGACAGAUCCAAGAGAAAAGCAGAAGAUGAUAAAAAUGCGGCUCCCCAACUGGCGCAGUCUAGCACGAAAGGCUCUCGCUUCAUGUCUGCAUUGGACGAAGCCCUUUACGAGUCUUCAAACGACGAGAAGGAUAAACAAGAGGAAACUUCUGGGAAAAGAGUCAAGGAUACUCGUUUCAUUGUGGAGUCUAGAGAGAAUCCUUUGGAUCUUCUCGACUCUCAAACACUUGCCCAUAUUUCAUCUACAAGACCCAAGAAAUUUGACGGCAAAGCCAAGAGAAAGGCCGCGACCGACGAUGUUUUUAGUUUCGAUGCUGACGGGAAGCUCACUGUAAAGAAUGAUAAAAGCGAAAUGAAGGAUGAAGACAUCCUGGGUUCCGCUACCAGCGGCAUAAAUGCUUACCUAGAUGCUGUAAAGCAAGGGCCUGUUCGUGGUCAAAAAAACAAAUUGAAAUUUAAGAAGGGUAGCAGAGCUGGCGACAACAUGAGCGACGACGAGAGCCAUGAGCAACCCAGCCGUGGGUUCGAAGUCAAAAGUAAGAAGGUCAUCAAAAAAAGAGGUGGUCCAAAGUUUAAGUCUAAGAGAAAGCUCUAG